AACACUCCACCUGUUGUGUAGAGGCCUGUCAGGCGAAAAAGAAACAAAAAAAGAAUGUUUUUUUUUUGUAGGCUGGGCUGCUUCUCAUCCCCAUCAAAACCACGGACGACACAAAGGCUUGUUGUGUAACUGAAUGAGCGCUUUACGCUCGCAUUGUGCAAAUACGUAUUAGCGGGGCAAUGGCUGAUGCUGUUAGGUUCAUUAAGAAAUUCCUCUGCGGAUUGAGGCAGGGAGAGGGCUUUACAUAAUGACGUCCCUGCUUUUUUCUCGUGAAAUGGCCCUUUAAAAGUAGGCUUCUUUUGGUCACCCCUGAGGCACAGGCUAUCGAGCGACCGGACGGUGAAGCUUGAGGUGUGAUCACCCAGUUUUAGGUCAGAUAUUUUCAAAAUGGUGACUUCUUAUCCGCUGCCCGAGGGAUUCUCUGAGCUCGAUGUGUUUUCACUGGGAUCCUGUUUACUCGUGGAGGGUUUCCUCGGAUUCAUCCUGAAUGCCGUCACAGUUGUUGCCUUCCUUAAAAUACGAGACUUACGGACUCCGAGUAAUUUCCUUGUGUUCGCUUUGGCUCUGGCAGACAUGGGGAUUUGUCUGAAUGCCACUAUAGCCGCAUUCUCCAGCUUUCUGAGAUACUGGCCCUAUGGAUCAGAAGGGUGCCAAACCCACGGCUUUCAUGGAUUCCUAACUGCUCUUUCCAGCAUCCACUUCAUUGCAGCUAUUGCUUGGGACAGAUACCACCAGUACUGCACCAGAACAAAGCUCCAGUGGAGUCGUGUCAUCUCCCUGGCUGUCUUCAUCUGGCUCUUUACUGCUUUCUGGGCAGCGAUGCCUUUGAUUGGCUGGGGAGAGUAUGAUUAUGAGCCACUGAGAACCUGCUGUACUCUAGACAUAAGCAAAGGAGACAGGAACUACGUCUCUUAUGUGAUUCCAAUGGCCAUCUGUAAUAUGGGAAUUCAAGUGUUUAUUGUGAUGUCCUGCUACAAAUCCAUUGACAAGAAAUUCAAGAAGACAGGCCAGGAAAGGUUCAACUGUAGCACUCCCCUGAAGACCCUGCUGUUUUGCUGGGGCCCUUAUGGAAUCCUAGCCUUCUAUGCUACUGUGCAGAACGCCAACCUCCUGUCUCCUAAAUUGAAAAUGAUUGCUCCUAUUGUGGCUAAAACCUCACCCAUCUUCAAUGUCUUUGUUUACGCUCUGGGAAAUGAAAACUACAGAGGAGGAAUCUGGCAGCUGCUCACUGGACAAAAAAUUGCGACACCUUCCAUUGAGAACAAGUCCAAAUAAACCAAGCAUACAGUAAUCAUGUAUAAUGUUCUGGUCAUUUCUGCCAGGUAUGAUACAUGCUCAAGCUCAUACCAUCUUCAUAAUAUUAUUGGCUCAUUUCACUCAUGGUGUUUUUCUAUCUCAUAGGAUAUUGUUUCUGUCCAGGAUAAUUUGGUCUCGUGUAGCCAGCAAGAAAGAGUAAUAGCUUAUAUAUUUCCAACAUGGUGCGUGUAGUCCUACUUUUGACUGAUUGUGUCAUUUAAGUCAUUGUAAUAGGCCUCACUGCAGGAGCACUUUGUUCAGUCACAUAAUACAGGUUACGCCACUUCCAUGUUGUGAUUAAAUAACAGCACAUGAGUAUUACACACGAGUUAUGAGUAGAAGCUGUGCUGAUAUUUCAUAAGUGCUUACAUCUGAUAUUUCAUAACUAUAGCAGUUGUGAAAUAUCAGAACUGCUGUUUCAAUUUUGGCAGCAUAAUGCAGGGAUUAUUAAGGUCACAGUGCAAAAUGAUUUUUUUCUGCCUUGAUGAAGCACAAUAUAUUUACAUGUAUAGUUUGGUUCAUUUUUGGGUAAAGUAAUAUUUUAACAUUCGUGCUAGAUACAUCUAAAAAGUAUUUAUUUUCUACCAUAGAGUUAUCCUCCAGCAUGUAAAUCUCACUUGCCAUGAGAUGAUGUCCAUGCUAAGCCUGAGACAGAAUUAGACAAGCAACAUUUUAUAAUCCCAGAAACAACAGUGCUUUUCAUGAUAACACAUUCCCCCAGUGCUUAAGACUAACAGACAGGAGGAGAUUACGCACAAGACAUACUGCAAUUAGAUAUAAUGCCCGCCCUGCACGUCUCUCUCCCUCCUGCACAUGCUCCCACUGUCCAUCUCUUAAACCAGUCACAUAUGUAAAAAGGACAUGGGAAAAUACAGUGCUGUGCAAAAGUCUUAGGUAUGUAAGACAAUUAUAUAUAGAGCAAUUUAAUAAAAAAAUAAUAACAUUAGAAUAAAUACUUAAUAUGAAUAAACAUACAAAGAACACACUGUGAUUUGAUGUAUGUGGGAGUGUGGGAGUGAGCCCAGUAUUUACAGUCAUCAUCCAAUCAGGCGUGUGCUGCUAGAAUUUAGCAAAUCCAUGCAAUGGCUGGAGAUGUGAAGAACCAAACCUUUCUAUCUGUGUUCUUCUAACCAAACAUUAAAAACUUAAAAACAAAAAAUAAAUUCUUGUUUAAUGUUGCUGUAUUUAUGUUUAUCUAUAUUUAUUCUAAUGUUACAUAGAGUGUUACAGGCAAAAACUCAUUUACUACCAGGAAUUGGCUGCCUAAGACUCUUACACAGUACUGUACAUCUGCUGUGGUAAAGUUAUUAUAAAGGUAUUAUUAUAUAUAUAUAAUUAUAAAGGUAUAAUUAGAAGUAUCUUGGCUUGAAACAUACUAUUAUUUGCAAAAGUUUCAAUAAAGCAAAAUGUUUUUGUUAAAAUUAACACAUCCUCUACAGAGAACACACUUAAAAUGGCAUUUUGUGCAAAUAUUUGUACCCAGUUUUUGGUUUUAACAUAUUGGAAAUAAAAUAUAAAUAAAAUAAUAAUAAUAAUUCGCUGUAAGGAGUGAGAUGAAACUAAUUAUUUGUGUUGUGAUGAAUGGUAGCAACACAGCAGCAAAUGUAUAUAUUUUAGUGGUAAAAUACACAAACAUUAGCAGACAGUGAUUUAAUUGUUUACACAAACUAUUAAAAGCCGAAUGUAAUUUUACACAUAUUUAGCUUUCUGUUUAUAUAUUAAGUAAAUCUACUCUUCAUCAACCUUUUCAAACCCCUACACUCUACACUCACUUGACCUCACCUGUUAAAGGUGUUAAAAAGGCACAUUUUUGACAGAAAACAUGAACAUGAGAUUAAAGUCAUUAGCAAAGCAAUGAGAUUAAUAUAUUCCUGUAUUUCAAAAGCACCACCUACAAAUGUAAUAAUUUAUUCCUAAGGUGUAGCAAUCUUGUGCUGAAAGGUUAUUUGUAAGUUACUGUUCUCUAGACUGCAUUCAUUAUUAUCUUGUUAAUAGUAGUGUCAUUAUCUGUAUUAUAAAUACCUAACAGUGCUGUGAUUUAAGGAGUGGCUGAACUGUAUUGAUAAUGUAUGUUAUAUAUAGAUGAAUGUGUUUUCUGUGCACAAAUGACAGCAUUUAUGUGACAUUAUCAAAAUUAUACAAAGCAGCUCAACUUAAAUUCAGCUUGUGAAAGAAAAGCACAACUGAACAAUAUGUGUGUGUGUGUGUGUGUGUGUGUGUGUGUGUGUGUGUGUGUGUGUGUGUGUGUGUGUGUGUGUGUGUGUGUGUGCAUGCAUGAGAGAGAUUUAGUGUGACACCUGAUGAAUGUGCUUUGUGUGAACUGAUGUUAUGUGCAUCGCUUGUCAAUGUUUUCUAUUAUACUUCCUCAAGUGCAUUAUGACUUAUGACUUUGAUAUGAGUUUUUUUCUUCAUACUGUGCCUCAUAAAUAACAGUGGGUUACUGUAUCACUCCCAAUAAAGAAAUUCUCUGGGAUAUUUUGUUGUUCUUUAUAAGGCCUAAGAGAUUACAAAGAAGUCUUCCUGCAUCCUGCAUUCUCACAAAGAUACUCGAUCCCUACCACUCUAAACAAUGAGCAAAUGUUGCACUGGAUGAUAUUUACCAUUUGGAACAGAUCACUUUACCCGAACCAUCUUACUCCUCAAGAAGGGGUUACCAAGCCGAUUAACUGAAGAGCUUUCACUUCAGACUUCAGUAAUGUUACAUAACUCUUCACACUAAGCCCAUUUCUAGUCAUCAGAGCACAAUGCUUUUGUGGAUGCUGUGGAUGUACUUAUGAGGGUUAAUAGAUGUAACACAAUAAAUGUAAUUGUCAUAAUCUGAAUGUGAUGUAAUGCUCAGCAGUCAAAAUGAAUUGCAUAAUGAAA